AUGAAAACAGAUUUAAAGAUUAUUAUUAUUGGAGGUGGUAUUGGAGGUGUUACUUUAGCAAAUGCGAUAAAGAAAUAUGGUGAUGGUAAAUGUAGUGUACAUAUCUAUGAAAAAGAAAUGACAGUUUCAUCGACUGCUUUCAAGGGUUAUACGAUCGGGUUGAACCAAAUGGGCAGAGAUUCAUUGAGAGAAGCUUUGGAUAUCGAGAAAUAUGAUAGAUUAACAUCGGAACUCAUUCAAUCCGGUGGUCAAUACGUUGUUACCGAUCGUCAGCUCAAUCCGCUCAUCAACUUUAGUUGUUCGUCGUAUGUCGAUAGAGAUCGUCUGUGUGGUCUGCUACGCGAAGGCAUCGAUGUUCACUAUGGAAUGAAGUUCAAGUCGUAUACGGAGGACAACGAUGGUGUCUCAGUGUUCUUUGAGGAUGGUUCGUGCGAGCGAGCAGAUUUCCUGGUUGGUGCUGACGGUGUUCAUUCUGUGGUGCGUCACCAGAAACUGCCUCUCUUCCAAAUGGAAGAUGUCAAUGUCUAUAGUAUCCAAGCUUUGAUUCCGAAUGUUGGCGAUGACGUUAUCGAUCUAUUGUUCAAGCAGGACAACACACUCAUCACAAAGACAUUGGGAAACAAGAGGAAUACCAUCAUGUUUGGAAAAGUAAAGGCGCAGGCCGACGCUAUCAAUUUUGGAGUCGAGGACAUCGCUUCCAUCGAGCGAAUAAUGGAGCAGAACGAACCAGGAAAUACAUGUUUGGUGAUCAACUAUGAGUGGAGACCUUUGGUUGAGAAUGGUCGCGUUGAUCUUCCAACCGGUGGAAGACAAUACAUGCUCAACACACUCCGCAGAGAUACCGGUAAUUUCCAUCCGUUGGUUGUCGACCUACUCAAUAGAGUGGCGAAACCAGAGCAUUUGAUAAAUGACCAGCCAAAACCGAUGAGACAAGCACUUCCAUGUAGAUGGCCAGCCGCUUCUAGAGUGACGCUCAUCGGCGAUGCCAUCAACGCCAUGACCGCCACUAGUGGCUGUGGUGGAAACUUGGCUAUGCGUGAUGCUAUUGAUCUUGGCUAUGCACUUACGGAUAUCAUCAAAAACAUUGCACCACUCUCCAUUAGAAUGACUGCACACGAACAAAUGAUUGUCGAGCGUGGACAACAACAAAUCAAACUCAGUCGUGAUUGCACAGAACACAUGCACUCACAGGAACUCUCGCAUUGCUCCGAACUCUUUAGAAAUACAAUCAUGCGAAUAUUAAACAAACUAUUAAUUUGGGGUGUAGUAAAGAUACCAAAUUAA